AUGGAAGGUAACAAUUCGCCUACCGGGGGUGAUCGGUCGCAUCCACAAUCAAUUGCGAUAAAUGGGCAGCAGCAAGAUCCAGCAGCUCAGAACCAUUUUCCACCGGCGGGUGUGCAUCAGCAGCAGUCAUCGAAUCCGAUUCUCCGUCCUCCGUUGCUUCCAUCAGGACAACCUCGUUUCCCGCCGAAUUCCCAUCAGCAGACCCAGCAGCAAAACGAGUUUGUUGGACAAUGUUUUCACUUUUUCCAGCAGCAGCAAGUAUUCUUUCAAACAAUGCUGUCGUCGAUGAGCCAACAACCAACAUCGAAUCCGGAGCAAAUAUUAGACUCUCUCGCAAGCAACACACAGGAGUUUCGAUAUGAGCCGGAUGCGAACGUCACUUUUGCUGGCUGGUAUGUUCGUUAUGAGGAUUUGUUUGCUAAGGAUGCAGUUCGUCUUGAUGACGAGGCGAAAGUGCGUUUACUCCUCCGUAAGAUAGGACCGAUGGAACACGAACGCUACACUAGCUACAUUCUUCCAAAGCUUCCAAAGGAUGUCAAUUUUGCGGAAACCGUAAGUAAGUUGAAGAGCUUGUAUGGCACAUCGGAAUCCGUACUGAGUAGGCGCUAUCGGUGCUUGCAAGUCGCUAAGCAUGCCACCGAAGAUUUCAAAACGUACGCAUGCAGAGUCAACAAACUGUGUGUCGAGUUUGAACUAGGCAAGUUAACCGAGGAGCAAUUUAAGUGCCUAGUGUUCGUGUGCGGACUAAAAGCGGAGAACGAUGCCGAGGUCCGAAUUAGGUUGCUGAGCAGAAUCGAAGAGAGAGCGGAUGUCACCUUGGAGCAAAUAUCAGAUGAGUGCCAACGGCUCCUCAGCAUCAAACACGAUACAGCGAUGAUUGAGGCAGGACCAAAUUCAGCAGCUGUGCAGGCGCUCAAGAGUAAGCAAUAUGUUGGGAAGCGUGCAUUCCGAUAUGAGAGGCGUUCUCCAGUUUUUGGAUCUUCAUCCAGACCAAGCAGAAUAACCGGAACUGGACCUGGUUCGCCAUGUUGGAACUGCGGUUCCAUGCAUUACUCCAAGGAUUGUCCCUUCAAGAAGCAUCAUUGCCGGGACUGUAAGCAAGUUGGUCACAAGGACGGAUACUGUACCAGCGCAAAGAAAGCAAAAAGCCCAGGUACUUCGAACAAAUGCAACCCAUCUAGGAGGAUGGAAACAAAAAGUGUUGUGGUGAAGAAUGUAAGGAAAAGAAGAAGAUUUGUGGAAGUGCUGGUAAACAACCGGAAGAUAAGUCUCCAGCUCGAUACGGCAUCGGACAUCAGUAUCAUUUCCGAGAAAACCUGGUGUCAGAUCGGUCGACCUACAUCAAGUCUAGUGACGAUCGAAGCUUCAACUGCAUCCGGAAAGCCGCUAAAAUUGGAGUUUCAGUGUACAUGCGAGAUUUCCAUCAACGGCGAGAAACGUCAGGCCCGCUUUUACGUGGUGAAACAACAUCUCAAUUUAAUUGGUUUGGAUCUCAUCGAUCAAUUCAACUUCUGGUCGAUGCCGAUGGACAGCUUCUGCAAUCAUAUCAACAGUUCGUCUACAGUGAUCAGCACCCUCAAGCAGGCCUUCCCGACAGUUUUCAACGAUGCUCCGGGAGUGUGUACUAAGGCAAAGGUGCACCUCACAUUGAAGGAAGGAGCAAAGCCUGUGUUCCGACCGAAGAGACCAGUAGCGUAUGCGAUGUACAAGACUGUCGAUGAAGAGUUGGACCGUUUGGAAAAUGCUGGAAUCAUAACACCGGUUGAGUACUCGGAGUGGGCAGCUCCGAUUGUCGUCGUGAGAAAAGCAAGCGGAGCAGUGAGGAUUUGCGGUGAUUAUUCAACAGGGUUAAACGACGCACUACAGCCGCACCAAUAUCCUCUCCCGCUGCCGCAAGACAUCUUCGCCAAACUGGCAAAUUGUAAGGUAUUUAGUCAAAUCGAUCUCUCUGACGCAUUUCUACAGGUUGAGGUGCAUGAGGAAUCCCGAGAAAUGCUCACUAUCAAUACGCAUAAGGGGCUCUACAGAUACAACCGACUUCCGCCGGGAGUUAAAGCAGCGCCUGGCGCUUUUCAGCAGCUAGUGGACACCAUGCUAGCGGGAUUGGAGGCCACGUCAGGCUAUCUCGACGAUGUCUUAAUUGGUGGUGUAAACCAAGAGGAUCACCACCGAAAUCUUGUGAAAGUUCUCCGUCGACUACAAGAAUAUGGAUUCACCAUCAAAGCGGAAAAGUGUUCGUUUGGCCAGCAGCAAAUCAAAUACGUUGGUCACCUUAUCGAUAAACAUGGCCUACGUCCGGAUCCGGCUAAAAUAAAAGCGAUCCGUGACAUGCCAGCUCCGACGGACGUUUCAGGAGUGCGUUCUUUCCUAGGGGCAAUUAAUUAUUAUGGCAAGCUUGUCCCUAGCAUGCGAACUCUUAGGUAUCCACUCGAUGAGCUGCUCAAGAAUGGAAAGAAGUUCGUCUGGUCGUCCGAUUGUCAACAAGCCUUCGAAAACUUCAAAAAUAUUUUGUCAUCCGAUUUGCUACUUACGCACUAUAAUCCGGCACUCGAAAUCAUCGUUUCGGCGGAUGCAUCUUCCAUCGGAGUCGGUUCCACGAUAAGCCACAAAUUUCCGGACGGAUCUAUCAAAGUUGUCCAGCAUGCAUCCAGAGCAUUAACAUCAGCUGAGCAAGCAUACAGCCAACCAGAUCGCGAAGGACUUGCGAUAAUAUUCGCCGUAACCAAAUUCCAUAAAAUGGUUUUCGGUCGAAAAUUUACGUUGCAGACGGAUCACGCUCCGUUACUUCGGAUCUUCGGAUCGAAAAAAGGAAUUCCCGUCUACACAGCUAAUCGAUUACAACGCUGGGCGUUACAGUUACUGAUGUAUGACUUCAAGAUCGUCUACGUCAACACAGAUAAAUUCGGAAAUGCAGAUGUAUUGUCGCGGCUGAUUGAGCACCAUGUUAAGCCGGAAGAGGACUUUGUGGUGGCUAGCGUUGUGCUGGAAAAGGACGUCAUGGCUCUAGCAACAAGUUCAAUCGACGCGCUCCCACUAGGCUUCAAGAUGAUUCAACAUGCAACACAUUACGAUCCAGAUCUCGGAAAAAUCUACCGCUUCAUUCAAGAAGGUUGGCCCCAAUCAAAAUCCACUAUCACACGCCGAGAGAUCAAAUGCUUCUAUGAUCGCCGAGAUUCCCUAUCGACCGUACAAGGUUGCAUCAUGUUCGGUGAGCGACUGGUGAUCCCGUCGAGUUUCCGAAAGCGUUGCCUGCAUCAUCUUCACCGAGGUCAUCCAGGAAUGCAGCGUAUGAAAGCAAUUGCACGUAGCUAUGUCUACUGGCCGUCGCUGGAUGUGGACAUCGUGGCUCACGUCAGUUCCUGCCAUCAUUGCGCAGCAGUAGCUAAAAGCCCACCAAGGUCCGCACCGCUGUCGUGGCCAAAACCAACAUAUCCGUGGCAGCGCGUGCACAUAGACUAUGCUGGACCGAUUGAAGGAGAAUAUUUUCUACUGAGCGUCGAUGCCUACUCCAAGUGGGUUGAAAUAGUCAAAACCAAAUCAACUACUGCUUUCACUACCAUCAACAUGCUUCGAAGCUUGUUUGCCCGUCUCGGUAUGCCUGAAACAUUGGUUAGCGACAAUGGCCCACAGUUCGCCAGUGCCGAAUUCGACAAGUUCUGCUUAGAGAAUGGUGUCAACCACAUUACUACAGCACCGUAUCACCCACAAUCAAACGGACAAGCGGAAAGAUUUGUGGACACCUUUAAAAGAUCAGUGAAGAAAAUUAGAGAGGGGAAAGGAGCCAUCCAGGAAGCAUUAGACAUAUUUCUAAUAACCUACCGAACAACGCCGAAUCCAGCUACACCAGAAGGUAAAUCACCAUCGGAAGCAAUGUUUGGGCGCAAGAUUCGCACCAGCCUAGACUUGCUGCGUCCGUCAACCGUUCCGGCCGUUGAAUCCACUAUAGAAGCAAAGAUUCACCAAAGAUUCAAAAAUGGUGAUUGUGUAUAUGCGAAGGUUUACUCUAACAACCAGUGGAGAUGGACAUCCGGAGUUGUUUUGGAAUCGAUUGGGCGUGUUAUGUUCAACGUUUGGGUGGAAGAUAAGCGCAUGAUUCGUUCACAUCUCAACCAACUACGAACUCGUGCCAUCGGUGACAAGCCGUCAGCGAAGCCAGUUAAGAGCAAUGUUAAGCUGCCGUUGGACAUUUUGCUGAAGGCGUGGAAUCUGUCUAGAUCGCAUACCAGUGCAAGCGAUAUCACCACGUCAUCGUCACUACCUGUGCUUUCGUCAGUAACCGCCGAAUCACCGUCAACAGUGCUUGGAGUACCAUCCGAGCAGUCCACACCGUUGCAGCCUGCAGCGCCAUCCGAAGCACCCGCGCGAGUGUGGGUGUCUCCAAAAGCAGAUACGUCAUCAGCGUCUUCGUCUUCGUCAUCAUCCUCCAGUUCAAGCUCUGUACCGUCAUCGUCAUCAGAGUUCCUAUCAGCGAAUGAAACCCCUACAGCUGUCCGGGAACCUCGUCGCUCUUCUCGCUCUAGAAGACCGCCGAUUCGGUUUGAUCCCUACCAGCUGUAUUGA